AUGGCCGUUGGCAAAGAACCCCAGGCUCUAGAUGCAACGAACAGCCAUCUUGAACUGAAAUCGGAGGAGUUUCAGAUCGAGAAUGCCCAAUCCAAGCUCACCACCAUUGACCUUGAGCAGAUGGCCAAAAAUGCCAUUACUUGGAAGUCCAAAGCCGCUUUUCGUUUGGCUAUUGUCAUUUUAAUCCAGGGCUUGAGCUGUGCUGCUUUUGCUAUUGACGGGAACGUCAUUGGCAGCAUCAAUGCCAUCCCCUCGUUUCGCGAACACUUUGACGUUGGUGUAAGCGGCGGCGGCCUUGGCAUCAUACUCGCUGCCAUGUCUAUUGGCAAUGCUGUGGCAAGUCCUUUCCAAUGGCUAGCAGACUGGAUCGGCCGACGUGGCGUGACCUUCCUUGGUAGCUCGAUUUUAGUCGUUGCUUGCGUUCUGCAGGCUGUUGCGCCCAACAGAGCCUGUCUUAUUGUAGGUCGUCUAUUCGCCGGUAUGGGAGCAUCCCUCUCAGCGACUUGUGGUCCGAUGUACAUGAGUGAAGUGGCCCCAGCUUGCUAUCGUGGGUUAGCUGUUGGUCUUUACUGUGCAUGCUACAGCAUUGGCUCUAUCGCCAUUGCAUGUAUCGUCUUGGGGGGCUCUUAUAUGGAAAAUAACUGGAGCUGGCGGUUACCACUGAUCAUUCAGAUUGUGCCGCCUCUUAUUAUCGCGCUUUUGGUCUACCCUUGUACCCCUGAGUCACCUCGGUAUCUCGUUGCUAAGAACAAGAUCGAUGAGGCUCGUCAGGUCAUUUCCCGUUAUCAGACUGUCUCCGGAAGUGUCGAUGACCCGGUUGUCAUAGCCGAGAUCCAACAGAUACAGGAUUCCAUGGAGCUUAUGACGAGUAAGCCCUGGGAUUUUAGAGUUCUUUGGACGACCAAAGCCUCCCGUCGCCGCCUUUGGAUUAUCUUCCUAUACAGUUUCUUUCAGCAAUGUAACGGCAGUGGUAUGCUCGGCUACUAUUUUGCUGGCAUCUUGACACUUGUCGGAAUCACCAACUCACAAAAGCAGCUCAGUAUCAACGUUGGUCUCACUGUCGCAUCUUAUUUGGCUACUCUGGCUGGUUCGAGCUUCAUUGAUAGAGUUACGAGGCGAUUCUUACUCAUCUUUUCGAUGUGUAUCUUUGUUUUUUUCCCGAGUCUCAUUUCUGUCACGGGUGGUUUAUAUGCAAACGGUAUUAGUGUGCAUUCGACCGGUAUUGCGACAGUGGCGUUCAUCUUUUUAUUCAACAUCUGCAAUGGACUUUUUGUUUUUGUUCUUCAUAACAUCUAUCCCAACGAGGUUUUGCACUACUCCCAGCGAGCAAAGGGCAUGGGAAUGUACUCAUUCUUCCUGAAUUGUUUCGGCUUUAUAAUGACAUAUGGCGUCUCCUACGCACUUCAGGCCUGGCAGUGGAAGAUUUACUUCCUUUUCAUUGGAAUCGAUCUUGUGUGCAUCUACCUUACUUGGCAAUUCUUUCCUGAGUUCAGUCAUCUUUCUUUGGAGGAGAUCGAUACUGUCUUUGAAACGCCUGGCGUAAACCCUGUCAAGAUGUCGAAGAAGUUACAGAUUGCAAAGAAGGAAAAGCGCAAAGAGGCUAACGAGAACACUUCAGCCUAG